GCUGGUGAUAUUUUCUUUAUUCAUUCGUUUUUUGACUAACCAAUCAAAUCUUGUUUUCAGAAUUUUUUUGUUGUAUUGUCGAUAAAGUAGAUAGACAUUGAAGUAAUUGAUUAUCAAUUCAAAUCUUUCAUACUUUAUAUUCAUUCUAAUGGCGAAUCGUGGAAUUAAGUAUGUUAAGCAAGAGCAGCCAUCAUUUAUUCGGAAAUUUCAAGAAAAGGCUGGAAUGAAGCCUGAAGCAACUAUUGCAGAUAAAUAUCAAACUAUAUCAGAGGAUUGUGUUGAUGAGGAAAAAGAGGAUGAAAAACCUGUUGUUGUUGUUUUGAAAGAAGGAGAUUUAACCGCAGAGGAGGCAGAGUCUCAGGGGAAUGAUGAAGAACAUAAUGGAAAAAUUGUUUUUAAAAAGCCAACUAAAAGGUCGAAAGAAUCUGCACUUGGAGGUACAACGAAAAAAUUGAAAUCUGAAUCAGGCAAUGUCCGGAAAGAAAAAACCAAAUCAAAAGUAGAUAAAAAGCAGAAGCAAAAGUCUUUGCUUUCAUUUGAUGAAGAUGAUGAUGCCUAAAUUGAAAUAUGCUGUAGUAUGGUAAUUAUCUGCAAGCAACUGAAAGGAACAACAAUAUUUCAAAGUGUUUACCGAGGCGGUCUAGGAUUGAAUGGAAAACACCAAUGAGUCUAGUUAUUAUAUGUGAUGCUAAGAACUCUGUUGCAUCUGAUUUCAACAAUGAUGAAAAACACAAAUGAGGCCCUAAGGCCAUUUGAAAUGACAGUUGUUAGUUGCAAGUCAUUGGUCAAUAUUAUCAAUGAUUGAUUAGUCAGUCAGUAGUUUACUUUCCACCGAAAUGAAAAUAACGCUCGAUGCAAACAAAAACUAGAAAAACAAGAAAAUAGCGUUUUACAGUGAAGGGUGACCCGUCUUAUUCAGAUUAUCAUCAAUCCACAGAUUUGGUUUGAGUAAGAUAGAUGAAUGAUCAUUGAUUGUAUGUACUUUUCAGCAUGAUUUCAAAGUUUUGCACAAAGUUUAUUGUUGGAAUAAUUUUCGUCCAGUUGAUUUGUGACACAGAUUACACAAUGAGUGACCUGCGGUAUUUUAUAUUCUACUAUUAUUGAUUUAUUAUAAUAUUGUAACAUGACAAACAACGUUUCGUUAGUAUCUUUCUCAUUGUAUGACAAAGAAAUGUAACUACUGGUAACUCAAGAGCUAACUUGUUUAUAAAGUUAUAAAUAUAUAAUCUAUUUUAUGAAAAGUAA